UUCAGUGCGUACUGGUAGACCAUCUGGACUGGUUUGAAAAGUCAACGCACCUUUUUGCUCCGACACGGACAAGAGUUAAACUAAUGUGUUCUGGUAGGUAGUUCGAGAUUAGAAACUUUGCUUCCACGUCACAUCCCUAUCAUAUGUAAAAUGAAUUCCAGAAACAGAAAGCAUCUCGUAGUACUUUUGUUGUUGUUAGUGUGCACUGGCAGGACCGAUGCCUUUUUUAGGACUUUCAAAGAUUGGUAUGACAAAUUAACACCAUCCAACGAAGAAUGUACCAAGGAUUGGAUUUCCUUUGACGGUAAAGGAGUAGGAAAAGGUUUGAAGGCUGACCUGCAAAGCAGACUCUUUGGUCAACACAUAGCUGCAGAGGUCAUCAUGAAAGCUGUGGAUGGAUUAAUGAACAAUGACAACCCCAAGAAGCCUAUGGUCCUCUCUUUCCAUGGGAGAUCUGGGACAGGGAAGAAUUUGGCCUGUGAGCAGAUUGUAAAAAACAUCUACAAGGAGGGAAUGGACAGCCGCUUUGUCCAUUUCUUUAACGCUGCAAUACAUUUCCCACACAUCUCUGAAGUUGAGACCUAUAAGUCUCAGUUACAGCAUUGGAUCAGAGGAAAUGUCACCAACUGUGCCCAUUCCAUGUUCAUCUUUGAUGAGAUGGACAAGAUGCAUGCUGGCGCAAUUGAUGGCAUAAAUCCAUUUAUGGACUACCAAUACAAGCUGGAUGGCGUGUCAUAUUCAAAAGCCAUCUUCAUCUUCCUCAGUAACAGUGGGAGUACAUUCAUCACACAGACCACUUUGGAUUCCUUGAAAGCAGGAAAAGAGAGAGAGAAACUCAAGCUGAAGGAUAUGGAGACUGCCCUUUCCCUUUCUACCCCUUUGUUCAUAUAUCGUGGGGUGAGUAACGUGGUGGACUACUUCAUCCCAUUCCUGCCCUUGGAAAGCCGGCACAUUGUCCAGUGUAUUAUGGUCAAGAUGAAAAACAUGGGCCUCAAACCAGAACAUGAGAAGGCCUGUGAAUUGGCAGACGAAAUCGUAAACUAUUUUCCUAAGGAUGAGAAAUUAUUUUCUUCCCCGGGUUGCAAGACGAUUGCCAGCCGACUGAGAUUCUACAUGUAAUCAAACAAGUGGUGGGGUCAGAU